UUAAACAUGUUUUUAUAUUUCUUUACUCUAGAGCUUGAUAUCAUCUUCAUUUGAGACAUUUUAUGGAUCAGAUCAAACCCCUGAACUUAAUCUUACCAAAAUCUGGGGCUGGAUUAAAUGAAACUGAACUGUAUUUAAUGAAAAUUCUUUAUCCGCUGCCGUAGUUGCUGAUCCCCUUCUGCGAAGUUCAAGAUGAACGGCUACGCUGCUCCUACGUACCCCAUGGGAAACUUCAGUAACUCCCAGCUGAAUGGUCACCAAUCUCAGUCACCGGAGCUCCCAGUACAUGACGCCAGCAAAUCCAGUGCGAAGGCAAUCUACGAGCAAAGAAAGAGCUACAGUAAAAACAGUCUGAACAGCAGCAUGACCGACACGUCGCAGUACCUCGUCGAGCACCUGACCACGUUCAUCAUGGACCGUAAGGACGCCAUGCUCACCAUCGAUGACGGCAUCCGGAAGCUGCGUUUGCUGGAUGCUAAAGGGAAGGUGUGGACGCAGGAGAUGCUGCUGCAGGUGGAUGACAAGGCGGUGAACCUCAUCGAUCCAGACAUAAAAAAUGAGCUGGAACACUUCCCUCUGGGCACGGUGCAGCACUGCCAGGCCAUCAUGAACUCCUGCAACUACGACUCCAUCCUGGCUCUGGUGUGUAAGGAGGCAGGACAGGGCAAACCAGACCUGCACCUCUUCCAGUGUGAUGACAUCAAGGCAAAUUUGAUCCAAGCAGAUAUUGAGAGCGCCAUCAAUGACCACAAGGGCGGCAAGGCCAAAAAGCGGCCAGAGGUUCUUAAAAUGAUCCGGAAGAGCGAUGGGACCAUUCCACCUCCUCCUGGUGGUCCCGCCCCCGUUCCUCCAGCAGCUGUCAAUCAGGGGGCUACGAACAGCAGAGCGGCAGCUUGGCCACACACGGCCAGUGGACAUCAGAACUAUGAUAUCCAAAAGCCAUACAGGGAACAGGAAGACUCUCCGGAGAUGACUGCAGUGCGAAUAGACAGAGACGUGCAAAUCCUGAACCACAUUCUGGAUGACAUCGAGCACUUUGUCACCAAACUUCAGAAAGCCGCGGAGGCUUUUAACGAACUUUCCAAGAGAAAGAAAUCAAAAAAGAGUAAAAAGAAGGGACCAGGAGAGGGAGUGCUGACGCUCCGGGCGAAGCCGCCAGGACAGGACGAGUUUGUUGACUGCUUCCAGAAGUUUAAACACGCCUUCAACUUGCUGGCAGUGCUGAAAACCCACAUUCAGAACCCAAGCGCCGAGGAUCUGGUUCAUUUCCUGUUUAAUCCACUCAAAAUGGUGGUUCAUACAUCAGGAGGAGUCGACCUGGCUAAAAGCGUAGUGGUUCCCCUCCUCACCAGAGACGCUGUCGAGUUCCUACACUCUGCGGGCACUGCUGAAGAGCGCCACCUGUGGGUCACGCUGGGAGACGGCUGGACCAAAUGCAGACUGGAGUGGCCUAAGGAUCAUUACUUCCCUCCUCACACCCUGCGCUUCCGGGACGGCUGGGAGCCUCCGCUGCUGGUGAGCCGAGAGCAAGGCCUGACUCAGCUGGCUGAGAGCCUGGCUCAUGCUGACCUCCACAGACCAGAGCAGCAGUCCAACGUGCCGGAGUUCUCCUCUGCAGACGGGUACGGCUUUACCACCACCGCCUACGAUCACAUGUACCUCCCGGAUACACAAGCGGCGGUGGCUGCGUUUAAACAGGCUUUCAGCCAGCACGUAGAUCGUAACUCCGAUGCCUAUGGCAGGCCAAGAAGCCAAGAUGGCCAGCCAAGAAGUUUUGCCAAAUCAAAGUAUGACUUUGUGGCCAGGAACAACACAGAGCUGUCUGUGGUGAAGGAUGAGGUGGUGGAGGUUCUGGAUGACAGGAAACAGUGGUGGAAGGUGCGAAACGGAACUGGAGUCGCAGGAUACGUGCCAAACAACAUCCUUGAGAUCACCAAGGCUGUGGAUGUGAACGGACGAGGAGAGCCAAUUUACAGCCAUACCAUCCAGAAGCAGAAAACGGACUACGUGCCCAAACCCGGAACGCCAUCCAUCCCUCCAGCUCCCACUCCUCUUCCUCCAGCUCCUGCACUUCCCACGUACUCCCUGCCUCCCAGCACACCUGCUCCCUUAGAGCAUCGUGGGAACUCGCCAUCCAACGUCAGCCGCCAGAGCAGCAGCACCUCCAGUGACAACGGCAGCAUCACUAUGAGAGAGCAGAAAGAACACAGCGUGACACCCGCUAAUCCAGGGCGCAAGUCCAACAUGGAGGAGGUCCAGGACGAGCUGGUGCACAGGCUCACCCUCGGUCGCAGCGCUCAGAAGAAGUUCCAGGCUCCACCACGCGGCUCCACACUGCCCACUGCCAACAUCAGCUACGACUCCACACCAGAGGCCGUCAAAUCCUGGCUCGAGGUUAAAGGCUUCAGCGCCGUGACCGUGAACAGUCUGGGUGUGUUGACUGGAGCUCAACUCUUCUCCCUCAACAAAGACGAGCUGAAGACCGUGUGUCCCGAUGAAGGCGCUCGAGUCUACAGCCAGGUCACCGUACAGAAGGCUGCCCUCGAGAGGAGCACGGGCUCUGAGCUUCAUGAGAUCAUGAGAAGGAGGCAGGAGAAACUAGCAGCAACAACAGCCAGUGACUCAGGAGUCGAGUCCUUUGAUGAGGGGAGCAGCCACUGAACCCCUCGCUCCUUCUCCUCCUCCUCCUCCACCUUCUCCUCCUAUCUUGCACUUUUUCAUCCUUUUCACAAUGUCGUUUUUCAGGACGCGGUGGAGUUUGCAGCCAUCAUGCGCCGUCGUCAGGAGCUCCUGGACCCGCCUGACCACGGAACCGGCUCGGACGUAGAUUAAAGCAGCGGCGCAGGUUCAGCCUCACCGUGUAUGACAGAAGAAAGACGUAGGAUCUGUAACAUACUCGCUACGUAGACCAAAAUAAAAGUAACCCAGUGAAGACGAUUGUAGAUUUAAUAUACACAAAACCUAGACUGAAGAUCAUGUAGUUUGUUUUGUAGAGCUGCCAAGUUAAGCAUUCGAUUAAAAAAUAAAAGUCUUAAUGUUUAUAAAUAUUUCAAAGGAAAUCAAAUUAUUAUUUAAAAAAAAUUAGAAGAAUUUAAAUUCAAAUCAUCGUGUAGUUCUGCUGUAAUUAGUGGAAGGAAAGGGAUUACAGGAUGUGUGAAAGCGAACAGGACGUAUACAUGUCGAGCUGAGACUGAAGGACACGCUCAGGAGGACGAAGGAUUUCUGCUGGACUUUGAUACAGACGUGGACAUUUAAAAAAAAAAAUUAAACAAAAUCAGAUUUAGACCUCUAUGUGUAAGUAAACGUUUGUAUAGUGGACUGUUAGCUUGGAAAGUAAAGCCCACACACACACACACACACACGAUGGAAUCGAUACAGAAAUAGUAAUGUGCAAUGUGACUGGGGAAAGUAAAAGGUGUACAUUUACGCUUGCUGGAAAAAAGAGGAUAUUUAUGUGUUUGAUAAUUUUCUAUUUAAGCCUAAUGCCAAAUGAGGACCUUUAUUAUUAUUAUUAUUAUUAUUAUUAUUAUUAUUAUUAUACGCCACAUUAAAACAUAACGUUUCUGUCCUUCUGCCGUGUCCCGUCUCACAUCACUACAGUAGAUAGGUUUUCAGGGAUAUGUUUUUGUACUAGAAUCUACAAAUGCUGGCUGUUUAAGGUUAAGUUUAACACACAUGCAUGCAGAAUUUCACAUUUCUGUCUUAAAAAAACACUUUUGGAUACAAUGGGAAUAUUUGGACAGAAUGUUUUUGUACUUUUUUUUUCUUCCCGUACAACCAUGAUGUUUGCUAUCACGUUCAUUCUGUUUGUAUUUGCUGGAUUAAACAUCUCUCUGAACACCGGCGGUCAGAAGGAUACCUAGAUUCAAGUUUAUGGUACAAAGCUUCUGUUUUUCUGACGUCUGUUUUGUGACUGAAGUGCCAUGAUGUUAAAGAGCAGUAAAUGAACAGCGUUCAUUAUCUUAUCUUUCGUUAGCUGUGUUGUUUGUGAGCCACACACACUUCAACACAACUCCUGCUUUUCAGCUUUACACUGCAAUCAUUUCACGGAUGAAGGCUGGACUUUUUUUUUUUUUUUUUAAACGAU